CGUUAAUCGCGAUUUACAUUGUGUUUCGUCGUUCUAUUUUUGUGCGUUCAUACAAGCUGAGAGAAGAUCAAAUUACUAGGUGAGAACAAUUCUGUCGAAGCCGCGCCUGUCGAUUGCAAGAAGAAUUAAUUAUUUGCAUCGUCGUCUGCAUUUUCGCACGUCAAAAAUGCGUAACGUCACGGAAAGAACGCCUUUGAGGAGGAACAUGGAGUCGCCCGAUUACGUUGAGUUCGCCGGUUUAUUGCGAACUCGAAGAGUGCGAGUGCGACAGUUCCAGUGCUGUGUUUGCGGCAUUCUGAUAGUGGUCUUCACUAUGGCUCUGAUAAUAUCCAUCGGUUAUUCCAUAAAUCACACUAACUCCACCGAUCCCGCGAUCGAUAACACAUCUUCCGGAAACUUGAGCGGUAUUUUGCAAUUAGAAUUUGUACCAGAAUCUAUGUUGCACGCGUCCUUCAGCAGCACCGCUAGUGUUACGGCCGAACCCAACUCCGUCUUGAUAUCCGGUGAGAAUAUCGAGUCCUCGAUGAGGAAUCUCAGUCAACAGGAAUACACGCAAGGAUUACGAGCUGGCGAGCAGGCGAUAAAGGACCGUCUGUCCGCGGAUAUGCUCGCCGCGAAAUCACCGUUACCGUCUCCAUCCCCGGAAUCUAGACACCGCUACGCGGUGAGCACGCGUCCUAAAGUUAGCGCCCUUGCCUUGGCAGCUGUAGGCGAAAUCGCUGCAACGAGAAAGAUUGAAAAUAUGAGAUCCAGUCGCGACGAGCCAUCGGCAAUCGAUACCUAUUUCGACAGCGGCUGGGUACCGAGGAGCGUGUGCAAACGGUAUUUCGAUCGCACUUGCAAGAUCGGCAAAUACAGAACUAUAGAUGGGAGCUGCAAUCGACCGCGAGGUUGGGGCUCCAGCGUGACACCUUACAGAAGAGUCUUACCUGCUGAUUACGCCGACGGAAUCGAAUCGCCUCGCAAAGCACAGUCCGGAAGGGAACUGCCUUCCGCCAGGGAAGUCAGUCUGAUAGUGCACAAACCUUCAGCCAGCAGUAAUCCAUCCUUUACAGUAAUGCUGGCUGUAUUCGGCCAAUUCCUCGACCACGAUAUCACCGCUACUGCGCUCAGUCAGGGUGUUAAUGGAAGUUCCAUAGCGUGCUGCCCUCCAUCGAAGGAACAUCCCGAGUGCUUUCCCGUACGAGUGGGAAUCGGUGAUCCCGUGUACGAUCAGACUGGCAGAACCUGCAUGGACUUCGUCAGAUCGGCACCUGCUCCGCGAUGUAAACUCGGUCCCAGAGAGCAGCUCAAUCAAGUCAGCGCCUUCAUCGACGGCUCAGCUAUUUACGGUUGCGACAAUGAGACCGCCCGCGAUUUGCGCGAGUUCACCAGCGGUCAUCUAAGGAUGCAGCUCACCUCCGACAACAGGACUCUGUUACCACCGAGCACGAAUCUCAACGACGGUUGCAAUCGCGAAGCCGAGCAACGUCGCGGUCGCUAUUGCUUCGCCGCGGGCGACACCAGAGCGAACGAGAAUCUGCAUCUGACGACGAUGCAUCUUCUCUGGGCGCGGCAGCACAACAAGAUCGCGAGCGAAUUGGCCAAGAUCAAUCCUACUUGGCACGACGAAACGCUCUAUCAGGAAGCGCGACGCAUCGUCGGCGCCCAACUGCAGCACAUCACCUAUCGCGAGUUCCUGCCCAUCAUUCUGGGCGAAGAGAAAAUGAACGAGCACGACUUGAAACCUCUGAACUCGGGUCACAGGAAGCGGACGCAUAAUCCGGACGAUUCAGAGAACGAUCCGACAGUAGCCAAUAACUUCGCGGCCGCGGCCUUUCGUUUCGCUCACACUUUGCUACCGGGAUUGAUGAGAAUGACGGACGCCGAGAAGGGCACAUCGUCCUACAUGGAGCUGCACAGAAUGCUCUUCAAUCCAUACAGCCUCUACGCCGCGGAUGGCAUCAGGCGCUCAAUCAAUUCCGCCACGAGCAACGUCAUUCAGAAGUAUUCCACACACGUCUCUUCGCAGCUGACGAGUCAUCUUUUCGAAGACCCGAUGGGCAACUCUACGGUGCCCUGCGGCCUGGAUCUGGUAUCGUUGAACAUCCAACGAGGACGGGACCACGGAUUACCGGGAUACAUCGUGUGGCGAGAAUAUUGCGGACUGGGAAAGGCGGAGACGUUUAGUGAUCUUGAAGGAUACUUGGACAAUCAGGCUCUGGAACAGAUUUCAAUGCUGUAUGAAUCCGUCGACGAUGUAGAUCUGUAUACCGGCGCGUUAGCGGAAAUUCCGGAAUCGGACAGUUUGAUCGGACCGACGUUUACAUGCUUGAUCGUCGAGCAAUUCACGCGUUUGCAGAAGGGGGAUCGUUUCUGGUACGAGUUUGCCGAACAACCGUAUCCAUUUACAGAAGAUCAACUCGUGGAACUGCGCAAGACUUCGCUGGCAAAAUUAAUAUGCGAUUGUUCCGAUGGAAUUACGCGAGCUCAGAUGCAAGUUAUGCGCUCCGUUGGACCCGACAAUCCUAUAAUAUCCUGCGAGAACAUACCAACGCCUUCUCUUGCGCCGUGGAGAAGAAACUACACUUCCAAUUUAGAUUUGUCGUAAUAAUUUAAACUUCAUAAAUA